GAUGAUGUGUGUGACUUCACCGUCCCAGAACCAGAAAAUGCCCAGACGGAGGAGGUGGAGCUGACCAGUGAAAGUGUCAACAGGGACUGUGAGAGAGUCGGACCGGACUGCUUUGAGCUUCUUACUGUGCUGGGAAAAGGAGCUUAUGGCAAAGUUUUCCAAGUGAGGAAGGUUCAAGGGGCUCAGACGGGGAGAAUUUUUGCCAUGAAGGUCCUGAAAAAGGCAAAGAUAGUGUGCAACGCUAAAGACACGGCCCAUACGCGAGCAGAGCGAGAGAUCCUGGAGACGGUGAGGCACCCGUUCAUCGUAGAUCUGCUGUACGCCUUCCAGACUGGAGGAAAACUCUACCUCAUCCUGGAGUGUCUGAGCGGUAAGGUGGAGGCAACGGCUCCAGAGAUCCUGACCAGGUCGGGUCACAACAGAGCGGUGGAUUGGUGGAGCCUCGGGGCGCUCAUGUACGAUAUGAUGACUGGAUCGCCUCCGUUCACGGCGGAAAACAGGAAGAAGACCAUCGAUAAGAUCUUGAAGUGUAAACUCAGCCUGCCGCCGUACCUGACAAUCGAUGCCAGAGACCUCGUCAAAAAGUCCUUUAAAAUUUUCCCCCGCUGGGACGUUCAAGUCCAGCAUCGACGGAGAGCCAGACCCUUUCUCUCCGAUGUCGCCACCGACAGCGGCAGCUCCGGUUCCCGCGCCGAAGGAAAACGGAGCCGCCAGUCAGCCAAUCAAAACCCCUGCGAGGAACAAGAAGCUGAAAGGACAUCGGAGAUGAGGAGGAGCUCCUCGAAGAAGGAGCCUUG